AUGGCUUGUCACAAGACCGAGCGACCGUUUAAGUGCGACGUCUGUGGCUUAUCGUACAAAGCAAAAGGUAAUCUGUACACUCACAAGAAGAGACACGCGAGUCCCGACCGAAAACGAUUCAAGUGCGAUGAAUGCGGUUUUAGAUAUCAACAUCGAUGUAGUCUCAAGGUUCACCUGGAGAAACACUUGAAAGAACGACAAUUCGAAUGUAUUCAUUGUAAAGAAGAAUUUCUUUCACGUGAUAGUCGCAAUCACCACAGUCGAACGUGCAAGGAUCGACCAUUCAAUUGUCCGACAUGUGGGAAAGCUUUUAUGUCCAAGAGAAACCUUCAACAUCAUGCCAAAAUGCACAGUGAUUCUAAAUUCGUGCACCCGUGUUCGAUCUGCGAUAAAAGCUUCAAGUGGGAACAUACUCUUGCUUGUCACAUGGAACUGCACACUGGUUCGUUUGGGUGCGAAUUUUGCGAUCGUCGCUUCCGGCGGAAGAAUGAAGCAGCUAAGCAUUUUAAUCGUUACCAUAAGCAGGGGCAACAACUCUCGAUAGCCGAGCCGACUUUGAACUAA